AUGUUCGAGGAGGCGAGGCACGAUUCGGCCAAGCGCAUCCGGCUCAUGGAAGAGCAGGCCAAGGCGGAGUCCGAUCGUGAGGCGAAAAAGAUGAUCGCUCUGGCCAUCGCACGAUUGGCCGGGGACUUCGUCACGGAGCGGACGGUUUCGGUCGUGUCCCUCCCCAACGAUGAGAUGAAGGGCCGAAUCAUCGGCCGCGAGGGGCGCAACAUCAGGGCCCUGGAAGCGGCGACCGGUAUCGAUCUCAUCGUGGACGACACGCCGGAGUCGGUGAUCAUCUCCGGUCACAACCCGAUCCGCCGCGAAAUCGCCCGCCUGUCCCUGGAAACGCUCAUCUCGGACGGCCGCAUCCAUCCGGGCCGAAUCGAGGAGGUGGUUCGCCGAUCCGAACGGGAGAUAGACGACGUCAUAAAGGAGGCCGGACAGAAGGCGGUCUUCGACGUCGGCGUCCAUGGUAUUCAUCCCGAGUUGGUCAAGCUUUUGGGGAGGCUGAAGUUCCGUUACAGCUAUGCCCAGAAUGUCCUGCUGCAUUCCAUCGAGAUGGCGUUCAUCUGCGGUGCCAUGGCGGCCGAACUCGGCCUCAACGAGAAGCAGGCUCGCGGGCGGCAUUGCUUCACGACAUAG